AGAGUACAGUGAGACUGUAGACUGUGAGGGUGUUGUACUCUUUGGGUUGUAAAACGUUUGUUUCGCGUUUUGCAUGUGACGCGCAGCGGAAGAAGACAGGUGACUGUUCGAGUUGUUACGGCGUUGACAUGGCAUGUAUGGCGUUCGUUGAUGCAUUUUGAUUUAACGAUGCAGACAAUGGGAUUUUAAUUGUCACUUCAUCAAAGAAAUAUUGAAAUAAAAUUGCAAAAUGAAGAUUGACAGAAGUCGAUUAAAGAAGAGCACUUCGGAAGUGCCUGCUGAGUGCCAGGCACUGAUAGACAAAUUACGAUCUUGUACACAAAAUGAAUUAUUGGAUGAAUUAAAAGCAAUUGAUGCCUGGACUUUUGGAAAAUGUGAGUUGUACCAUUGGAUCGACAUACUAGACAUAUUUGACUCUAUUUUGGAGGAAGGAGCAAGACAAAUAAGUCCUAAUAACUGGAUUAUAAAUUGUGAUCUUCAAGAAAAUGAGCAAGUGAAAGUUCUCUUACUUUGGAUUCUACGGUUUACAACUCUCUUGAUUGAGCAUUCAUUUUCUCGACAUCUGUACAAUUCAAUGGAACACCUGAUAGCUUUACUGGCAUCAUGUGACAUGAAUGUAGUACUGGCUGUUCUAAAUCUUCUGUACAUGUUCAGCAAGAGAAGUAAUUUUUUGCAGCGCAUUAAUAAUGAGAAAAGAGUGGCUUUAAUUCAACGCUUGACUUACUUAGCAGAGAACUGGGGAGCAAGACAUGGUUACUCUCUUAGUAAUUGUGUGGCUAACAAGCCAAUACAAGAAUAUCCUCCUGAAACUACUACACUACACUAUGAAUACUAUGCAGAGGUUACAGACAUAACUCAAACAGUUUCUGGAAAAAAUAAGUCCUAUUCUGUUGCUCCAGUUGUUAUCCAUAUUGAGAAAUUACAUACUCUUAAUAAAACUCCCGCUGAAAUUAUGAAUGACAUCGUUUUGAGGUAUCCUCCACCAAGAGAUAAACAAGUUCUAAUGAUGCUGUUUACGUACAUCCGGUCAGCAGUGAACUUUCCAAACUAUCCUGUUCGUCUGCUAUGCGUUCAGGCUCGGUUGCAAGCACUUUCAGUUCUAGCAUAUUCAAAUGCCUUAGCAGAGUGCGCUCAUACUUUAUUAUAUGAAGGAUUAGUGGAAGAAUUACGAAAUGUUUUACACAUAGCUGUUGAUGAUCAAGUUGAAAUCCGAGCUUCAGCUGUAAGGACUCUGACAUCGAUUAUACAUUUGGAUAGGAAUCCGCAUUUUCCAAAAAAAUCAGGUUCUAGAUUGAGCAUGAUAAUUGAUGUUACUGGAGCAUCUUCAUACCAUGGAUUUCUUCCAACAUUGACUCGUAGCUGUAUUUAUGACUUAAUUCGUGGGGACUCAAAAUAUGAGUAUUUUCCUCCAUAUGAGUUCAGAGUUGAAAAGUACUCUCUACCACUUGCCACAUCUCUCUUCAGUUUUUUAUAUCACCUUGCUAGUUAUGAGGCUGGGGGUGAAGCACUAGUAAGUUGUGGUAUGAUGGAUAGUUUAUUGCAAGUUAUUGAUUGGCCUGGGCAUGAAUUAGAACAUAUCACAUUUGUUACUCGUGCUGUCAGAGUCAUAGAUUUGAUUACUAACAUCGAAAUGCAAGGAUUUCAGGCUCGUGGUGGAUUAACAAGUUUCAUCAAUAGAUUGGAGAUGGAAGUUAAUAUUUGUAGGAAAGAACAGCCUUUUGAAAUUCCUACUGCAGAUUCAUCACCACCUGAUGAUGAAGAAAUGAGACCACCUGAAGAUGAAAGGCCACCUGUGUUAGAAGAAAUGGAUGUGGAGCCAGCUGCAAGUAGAGAGUCUGGUGUCCAUCCUCCUAGUCUUCCAGAGGGAGCACAUCCUCCUCACAGUGAUGCAGGUGGUGAAUCGUCUAUUUUGAGGCGCCAGAAAGAAUAUGAUGCUGCAAAAACUGGCAAGAUGUGCCUUCCUCAAAGAGCUGCUUUGCUGAAGUCCAUGCUUAAUUUUCUCAAGAAGGCAAUUCAAGAUACUUCGUUUGCUGAUAGUAUUCGACACAUCAUGGAUGGAUCACUUCCUAGCUCAUUAAGACAUAUAAUAAGUAAUGCUGAGUAUUAUGGACCUUCGUUAUUUCUGUUAGCUACUGAUGUAGUAACAGUAUAUGUAUUCCAAGAACCAUCCCUUUUAUCAUCACUGCAAGAUAAUGGAUUAACUCAUGUUGUGUUGGAAGCUCUACUUGUGAAAGAUGUCCCUGCAACACGUGAAGUCUUGGGCUCUCUUCCAAAUGUUUUCAGUGCAUUGUGUUUAAAUGAUCGUGGUUUAGCUCAAUUUAUUGUGUGCAACCCAUUUGAGAGUUUAUUUAAAGUAUUACUUUCCCCUGUCUACUUGGGAGCGAUGAGGCGGCGAAGAACAACUGAUCCCAUCGGAGAUACUGCUUCAAAUUUAGGAAAUGCAAUGGAUGAAUUGAUGCGUCAUCAACCCACGUUGAAGAGUUCUGCUACUUCUGCCAUCAUUAAGCUUUUGGAGGAGCUUUGUGAACUUGGACGUGAUCCAAAAUACGUGUGCUGGCGGGCUCAAAACAGAAUGGAUGUCUCUCCUACUCCUGCACCACGUCCAUCAACUAGUAAUGAAGGAGGUAGUAGUGAUGAGGAGGAGGAAGAUGAGGAAGAAGCAUCUACCUCUUCACACACACAGAGAGAGGAAACGACUACAGAGACCACUAAUCUCAGUGAACGUCAGCCAGUUGCUUUACUGGACUACAUAAUAAAUGUGAUGAAAUUUGUGGAUGCCAUCUUAAGUAAUAAUUCCACUGAUGAUCAUUGUCGGGAAUUUGUAGCACAGAAAGGAUUACCACCUCUGAUGUCAAUUUUGGGUUUACCAAAUUUGCCUGUUGAUUAUCCUGUCACUGCUGCUGCACAAGCAGUUGCUACUGUUUGUAAAUCAAUUUUGAAUUUGUCUCACGAGCCUCAGGUUCUAAAAAUUGGACUCAUGCAAUUGAGUGUUGUAUUGGACUCUCUCAGACCGUUGCACUGCCCAAUAGAAGAACCUGGAAGUUCUGUACUUUUGCAUGAAUUAGCUACAGCUCCUAAUCUUGAAACAGCUUUCAGUACAGCAUCAGCUACCCCUUUAUUACAUGCAAUGAGUGCUGCUCAUGGCUAUGUUGUGAUGUUUGUACAUGUGUGUCGGACUGGACAAACCGAAAUACGCUCUCUCUCAAUUUCUCAUUGGGCUUCAGAGUUGGGACUCAGUGUUCUGCGUGGCUUGGCCAGAUUGUAUAGUUCUCUUGUUUGGGAAAGUACUCUCUUAUUAGCAUUAUGUAGUGAUGAUAUAAUUCCUGCGGAUAGCAGAUUUGGGAAAGAGGACUUGGAAAAACUUCUUCCUCCUGAAUUGAGGAGUGAUGAUGCCCCAUGGCGCAGUACUCCAAAUGAAGCUGGUAGCAGUAGUACAUCUGUAGAAGCAAUGAACACUGAUGAUGACAUACAGGUCAUUGUUGAGGAAUGUGGUUACAAAACAAAGGAAGGAAGUCGUCAGUUACCAUCAGCGAUUCAGCUGAAAUACAUCAGGCCUUUACUUGGAGCAUCCUCUCGUCUUGGACGAGCACUUGCUGAACUGUUUGGAUUGCUUGUCAAAUUGUGUGUGGGUUCUCCUAUGAGACAGAGGCGUGGCCAACAACUCACUACCAGCACACCAUUAGUCCCUUCUCCUCCUGCACGUGCAGUUGCAGGUGCUUUGACUGAUCUUCUUGUAGAUGGCCUCAAUUGGAAGUUAUUGCCUUCUACUAGAAUCACAAAAUUCAAAUUCACCUUCCUUAUAUGCUCAGUUGGAUUCACAUCUCCAAUGUUGGGGGAUGAGAAGAAAUGUGCGUAUCAUCUGAUGCUUCAAAAAUUUGGAUCCUUGGGCUUUACUGCAUUUCUUGACACAUUCUAUUGGGCAAUUAGUGGUGGACAUAAAUUUGAUGCCUACAAUGGUUUAGAGCAUCCUGAUUUACCUGAAGGAACUGGUGAAUUCUUGGAUGCUUGGUUACUGCUUUUAGAAAAGCUAGUUAACCCUAAAAAUGUAUUAGAAUCUCCACAUACCAUCAGUGUAAAGCAUGGUAUAAUAUAUAAACCAUUUGAUGCUGUGUCGUACUUACAUAAAAUUCAUCAGAGAGCAUUUGUUGCUGUUGGACAUUUAUGGGGCAAGAAGCCUCUUAAACAUUACGGUCCUCGAAUGAGUGACACAAUGAUGGCCAUUUUUAAACAUAUAUUAAGAGGAGAAAAAAUCUGGCUGGAACAUUGUCGCAAAAAUAAGGAUCGAGCUGCACAGCCUGGUGAAGGUAGUUCCGCAUCCAGUUCCACUACUCAGAAUGUUAGUGGGGAUUCUUCUACAUCAGGAUCAACUACAACUCGACGCCCUGUAGAUUUGGAUACUCCUGAGCCAGAAGUAAAUCAAGAGGCUCUUAACCAAUUGAUGGAUAUGGGAUUUUCACGUGAUCACUGUGUGGAAGCAUUAUUUCAUACUUCUAGUGUUGAGCAAGCAACAGAAUAUCUUUUGACAUACCCCUUAACACACAAUAGGCCAGCACAUCAUUCUUCCAUGGAUGUUGAUCUCACAGAGGAAGACCAGAUGUCAAGAGCUAUAUCCUUGUCACUGGGAGAGAAAAUAUCCUCUGACUCUGAAAAUAAAGACACUCAAAAACAGUCUUUGGAACCGGGCAUGGAACUAGAUGAAAGCCUUCUUAUCGACAAAUUUACAGAACAUGUGUUAAAAGACUGUCUUCAGUUAAUGGAUGAAAUUCCUGAUACAGUCUUCCGUGCAUGUGAACUAUUAGUUGCAGUUGCCAAGCGAAAUGGAAAAGCUUGGUGCCUUGAAAUGUUAAAUGAUCUUACAUUUGAGAUUGCUACCAGAAUAUACUACAUGAUUGGCAUCAUGGAGUCGCCAAGAGUAAAACCAUCGGAAGUUGUGACUGAACUGGUAGAGUCAGAUGCUGCUAUUAAGGCUGCUGUUCGAAUUCAUCUGUUUACAUUGUUAUUUGAGCCUUGGUUACAGGGUCCUCAAGAAAUGAGACUUGCAUGUAUUGAAGUAGUGGCUCAAACAUGCAUUAAUGAAGGAUGCAGCCAAUUGCUAAUUAAAGCCCAGAAAGUUCUAGCAGCUCAUGGGCAACCUGUUACUCCUAAAUGGAUGGCACCAUUGAUUUUGCUAAUAGAUCUAUUUGAAAAAGUUGCAGUUAUUACUCACAGGAAAAAUGAAAUGUUAAAGGUUACAAAUAAUGUCUGGAGAUGGUUUGAUCUUACAUCUGGCAAAUGGACAGCUUAUUCUGUUUCGAACAACAAGAUAAUUAAUGAAGCCUAUUGGAAUGGGGAAAGUGCAGUGCGACUAAAUUGUGGACGGAGAAGAUAUGUUAUUCACUUCAAUUAUAUGAUACAGACUAAUGAAGAAAGUGGAAGUCGCCGUCCAGUGACUAUGUCAUUAGUUUGUCGUGAGAAAACGGAAGGCAAGGAUUAUCCUCCAAGAUCAGAAAAAAAAGAUGACAAAGAACCUGACAAAAUGGACACUGAUGCGAGUGAAGAAGACGAACAGAGAAAGAAAUUCAAGAAAAUGAAUAGUGUAGCCAGAGAUGUUCAAGAAGCAUUAGUCAGAGCUUGUGUGGGAAUCCUGGCCCUCCCAGCCAACACGGAUACUCUUCAUGCAGCUAUGAGACUUUGUCUCAGACUCUCUAGAGGGUACGAAAAUGCGAGAACUUUUGCAAAAUUAGGAGGAGUUGGUUAUCUCCUAAACUUGACAAAAGCAUCAUCUUUUGGAGGCUUUCAAGAAUUAGCAACAAUGUUGAUACGCCAUGCAAUUGAAGAACCUGUGACUCUACGUCAUGCAAUGGAAAAGGUCAUUCGAUCAAGGACUUUGCCAAAUAUUCCUCCACCAUACAAAGAAAUCCUUUAUCUUAUGAGGAACACUUCCUCCUGUGUGUGUCGUGAUCCUAAUGCAUACUUGGAAGUAGCCUGUGAUAUUCUGCGGUGUGACCUCAAUUUGUUGCCAAAGAGAAGUGAAGAGGAUGAUCCAAGACUGCUCGUAAAAGCACAGCCAUCUCGUUGGAAUACAGCCUUAGUUAUGCAGGAAGAUGCUGCAGUGCAAGUGAUUAGUGAUUUACUGAAUGCACUGACACGAGUGGUACUAUGUUCAGAAAAAGCAGAUGAACCUGAACCUGAUAAAGAGAAACCUCCAACUAAGAAAAAUGUUUACUGUUCUUACAAUGUAUUGCCAGUACAUAACACCUUGAUGCAUCGAUAUCCUGGUGAUCCUCUCCUUCCUGAUGCUAUUGAGGAUCGUGAACAAGUAAGGAUGUUUCACCAAAAUAAUGAUACAUCUAACAAUUCACAGAAAACUAGUAAAGAUGAAGAAGGAGAACAUUCAGUUCAAGCACCUCAAAGAAAUGAUGGGGAGAAAAGUGGGCCACUGAUGCCCAAGUCAUCAAUACUGAAGAUUUUGGCUGAUGCUGUCAGAUCUUAUUCAGCUUGUGCUAAACUUAUUAUAGAUCAUACAUAUACAGCAGGAAUGAGUGAAUUAGUGAUUGAAGAUUGUACUGCUUUGGCAUUCAUACUUGACAAGUUAAUUCCUGUCAAUGAAAAUCAGUAUGAUAGGGAGUGUCAAAGUACUGCACGUAUGCUUAUUUCUGCAAUUGCAUCAUGUAAUCACACUCCAGAAGCACAGACAACCCUUGUGUGUGAGCUGAAAGCAGCUUUGUUGCGUAGUUUAGCAAUGCCUGAAUCUGUUGAAAAACAUACACGCAUUGCAAACUUGUCAGCAAUAAUUUUACAUACAAUUGAGAAUUGUCCGCCAUUGGUUAACCAACCACAAACACCAUCAAUGAAAUUGCAUCAGUAUAGUAAUAAUGUCAACAACAUUGUUAAAGUAAUGCUUCGGAAAGGCCUCCUCACAGAUUUAGCAAGAAUAGCUCAUUAUAUGGACCUUUCGAGCCCUCACGUUGUAAAUUCAAUCAAUGCUGUUCUUAAACCCUUAGAAACCCUAUCCAGGAUAGUAAAUCAACCAUCUACAACACCACCGUCCAAAGCUGGCAAAGCUAAACCUCAGGUUCAUGCUAAUGGUUCUGCUGAGCACACUGGCACUACAACCUCAGAAGCCACUCAUGCUCAAGGUGAGGAAACUGUUGAAGACGCUGAAAACACUGAUCAUGACAUAUCUGGUACAGCUGAAAGUCUUGAACCAACAUCUGAAAGUCAGGUGCAAGAAGAUGUUGUUGAUGAUGCAGUUCUAGAUGAUGUCAUGGAUCAGCUAUUGGAAAGAGAUGGUGUUGGAAGCAAUGAAGAAAAUAUUUUGAAUGCUAGUUUCACAGUUGAGCCGGAACCUCAAAGUAAUCGUAUGGAAACUGAUGAUGUUCAUACCCCACCUAUUAGAAAUCAGUCAUCACUGCCGUAUGGGAAUGAAGAUGAUGAUACGCAGGAUGUUGACAGAGUACAAAGCAGUGAUUCUGAUUCUGGGUCAAAUCCUUCUGAUGAUCCUGAUGAGGAAGUAAAUAAUGUUGAUGAGGAUGAUGACGACGAUGAUGAAGAAGAAGAGGACGAAGAGGGUGAUGAUAAUGAAGACGAAGAAGGAGGGUCAGGAUAUGAUGAAGAUGGACUUGAAUUCUUUGAGUCGGACGAUGGAUUGUUCCGCAUCCCAGGACUCGAUAGAGAGAAUGAAGAUAUCUUGAUGAUUCAGUAUUCAGAUCCUGAUCUUUCAGGACCUGGUCCUCAUGUCCCAUGGAACAGUAAUAGCUUUCCAAUUCCCUUGGGAAUUUUUGAGGACCCAGGAAAUGGAAAUGAAGCUACUGCAGUUAAUAGGCUUACACCUAACCACCCACUGCUGACUGCACGCCAUCCCUCAGAUACAAAUAAUUUAACAGGUCCUAGAGCUCAAAGAGGAAAUCGACCACGUCGGUAUCAGUAUCUUCAGCUGAAUGGAAGAAGCCCUAAUCCUCCCGUCAUUUUACAAAGGCUUCUGGGUCCAGGCAACCAUGACCUCUCGAUCACCACUAACCAAGCUGGUUAUCGAGAUGCUACUAGGGUUGUAGUGAUGGAUAAUGGAAUGGGAUUAUUUGCCAACACCAAUUCAGAAGAAGAGCAAAUUGAUUUUGUUGACCAAUCUGGAUACUUAUUUGGACCAAGUUUAACUGCAACACUUGGCAACAUUCCUACUGCUUUGUGGUGGUGGUGCGAAGAAGGAAAGUUGCUUGAUGGUGAUUCACAGCCAGACUGUGUUGUAGCAAAUGCAAGCAAAGUAAUUGAAGUGCUGGAAAUAACAAAGGCUGAAGAAAUUGCUUUGAGAAGAGAGAGAUUUCGCAAAAGAAUGGAAGAGGAAGAAUCAAAAAAAAGAAAAGAAGAGAAGAAAAUUUCCACAGAAGGUGAUACUGAGGUUGCCAGCACAUCUUCUGGCCAACCUGCAAGACGUAGCUCAAUUGCUACUGGGAACACUGAUGUUGCCUCAGCUACUGAAAGUUUAGCUGAAUCAAUUGUAGAGUCUGUUCUGCGACCUACACUGCAAUCUCAACCACCACCAGUUGAUGGACCAGUGUUUUCUGAACUUACUACUGGACUUCUCUGCUCUCUUUCUGAGAUCUUGCCUUCAGUUACUGCUCCCCAGAACCCCUUGCCGAGAACAAGUGCUGAACAAACAAUGCAAUCUGAUGGUGCGGCUCCUGCAGCUGGGGCUACUACUGCUCCUGCUCCUGCUCCUGCUUCUGCUGCUCCGCCUGCUGGUGCUGCUGCUACUGUUACACCUCCUCCUACUACUACUACCACUACUACUACUACCACUGCUGCUACUACAGCUGUUGCUGUUAGUGUUACUACUACUACUGCUGCCGCUGCUGUUGCUGCUACUACUACUACAACUACUGCUACAGCUGCUGCUGUUCCUGCAUCAGUUACUUCUGCUACAGUGGCAAUGGCAGCAGCUCCUCCUCCACCACCACCACCACCUGUGGAUGGUGAACCUGAACUCCCAGAAGGUGUAGAUCCAUCUUUUUUGGCUGCUCUUCCUGAUGAAGUGAGAGAGGAGGUGAUAGCAGAACAAUUAAGACUACAGCGACUGAGACAAAGAGCUGUUCAACAAUCAAGUGAAACGGCUCCAACUAGUGUAACAGAAGUGAAUCCAGAGUUCCUUGCUGCUCUUCCACCUGCCAUACAAGAGGAGGUAUUAGCACAGCAAAGAAUGGAACAACAAAGACAGGCUGCAGCAACAGCAAACCCAAAUGAUCCUGUAGAUGCCGCAGCAUUUUUCCAAAAUCUUCAGCCAUCUUUAAGACAGGCUAUUUUAACAGACAUGGAGGAUUCACAAAUAUCUGUACUCCCUCCAGACUUGGCCCAAGAGGCACAAAAUCUUCGUCGUGAAUGGGAAGCUCGAAAUCGUCAGCUCAUGCAAGAAAGGUUUUUUAGUCAUGUGAGUCAUAACAACAGUGCUCUUUCAUCUAUUUUAAGGAACACAGGUAGGGUCGGUUCUGCACGUUACGCAAUUCAUGCAGUGCCCCAGCGGGCACAGUGGAAUCCUUGGAACACACGCCCAGAUCCACACCCGGCUAUGCCCCUCGCAAGCCACGGGUUGAGAUUGAGAGGCAGGCAGCUUUUAGAUCAUGAAGCUCUUGCAUGUCUUCUAGUUCUUUUGUUCUUGGAUGAACCCAAAUUGAAUACAGCACGCUUGCAUAGAGUAUUGAGGAACCUAUGCUAUCAUGGACCUACAAGAGAAUGGGUAAUAAAGGCUCUGCUAUCAAUUUUAGAUCUGUGCACUGAACCUAAACGAGAUGGCCGCAGAAAGCCUCAAUAUAAUUUCUUCUCUACACCCCAAUGGUUAAAUGUGAAAAUGGACACAGCUUUAGGGUUACGUGCAAGAGUGUUUAACAUUGGACAUCAAGCUGGAAAACGUGGAAACAGAUCUUUGGAAACGACUGGAAUUACAGUUCAUAAACGUGCGGCUCCUGUGAUAAUCAGACAUACAUUGGAAGUUCUGAUCUCCUUGGCAAAAACUUUCCCAGGGUACUUUUUGCCUUUGAAAAGUAAGGGCAAUGACAAGGAUGCAUGUAAAGAUGGUGGCAGUAAAUCACGUGCAUCAACAAGUGCUGGACCAUCAGGAUCAAAAUCUAGUCGGAAUGAUUUGGCAAAUUUUUGGGAUAUAUUGUUGAAGUUGGAUUCCACGACGUACUCAAAGAAAGGCAAAAGUGUUGCUCGUUCGCAUUGCCUUCCUGGUCCAGUGUGCGACGAUGAACAUCACACUCACAGCUUUGAGUCUUCUCCAUUUGGACAAUUAAUGAAAAUGUUACAGAAAUUUCCAGGAUACGGUCCAACAUUAGUGGAUAAAAUGUUGAGACUUUUGUCUCUUAUAUCUAUUGGUCUUCCUGAAAUUAAUCCUUACUUACGACACAGAGAACAUGCGGAAGGCAAAAAAUCCGAAGAGAGAGACGAAAGUGUACCAGUAUCCAAAGAAUAUGUUAGAAAAAUUAUGACUCAAUUAGAACUCCAGACAUGCUCAGAAGAAGGCUUGGAAGAUGCCACUGCUCUUCUAUUAAAUUUGUCUAAUUGUCCAGAUCCAACUAAGGAAAUAAUUUAUGGUGUUUUGAUAAAUGGUGCUAUCAACACUGCCAAUUUUGUGAGUCAGUUGUUAAGAGGAGUGCAAAUGGAACUUGACGAUGUUAACUCAAGGUGGGAUCAAGAUCCAUUUGAUGAUAAAGAUAAUAAUGAUGCAGAUGAAAAUGUGAUUUCUGAUUCUGAUGAAGAAUAUGAAAGUAGUGACAAUCAUGACACUAAUCAGAGUGAUAGCAGUGAAAUGAAAGAAAACAAUUGUGAAUCAGAAAGAAUGUAUAAUAGCUAUGAUGAUUCAGGUUUGCAAGAUGAAAAUUACGAAACUCUACAAGAAGAUUAUGAUACUUUGCAAGAUUAUGAGGGUGAAGGAGAAGAGAAUGAGAAUGAUAAUGAAGACAGUGGGGAUGGAGAUUACGAUUAUGUUGAUGCUAAUGAUGAUACAACAGGUUUUGGUGAUGUUGAUAGCUUUGGAGAUGAAGUUGAUGUGUAUUGCGAUGAAGACAAUGGUGAGAAUGGAGAUAAUGAUCACUAUAAUAAUGGUGUUGGUGAAGAGGUUAAUAAAGAAGAAAAUGUUGAUAAUGCUGGUGAUAAUUUUAAUGAUGGGGAAGAACAGGAUGCUACAACAGGAGAAUUAAAUAAAGGAAUUGUUCCUGAUAGAUUCACAAAUGGAACAGUUGUUGUGUCAGCUCCUGUGAAAGUGAAAGGUUGUUAUGAUGUCUUCAUGCCUUCCUUGAAUUCCCUCACAAAAAGAACAUCAACGCAAGCAUUCUUCCUUCGUAUGUUAAGAGUAAUUGUGCAGAUACGUGAAUCUGUUAGAAUGUCUCGGCGGCGGCGUCAAGAAAAUAAUGACAACACAGCAGGAGGAACAGCGACAUCAACAACAUCAACAACCUUGACGACAACGACAACAACAACAGCAGCAACUGCAACAACCACAAAUGCAAUGACAACGGCAACAACCACCCCAGCAACAGCCGCAGCAACAGCAGUGUCUCAGACAACUACCUCAUCAUUGACAACCACCACUGCCACUACAACAGCAGCAACUACAGCCGCCACAGCAGUGAAAACAAAAGACGAGGAACCUGUGCUUCCACCAUUAAGUCAGGAAUUGGAACAAAUUGAUCACCUGUGGGAUACUCUAAGUUCUGUCCUCACUAAAUUGGCAGAAACUCCUGAUAAUCACCAUGCCCCGACUGUUGAAGCAUUUUUCUUGGUACAUUCAACAACAGGAGAAGAGCAGAGAUCUGUUUAUGAAGGACGGCUAGAUCCUUCCCUGGGUGCCGCUCAUGGAACAUACCCUGAAGGUCGUUCAUCUUCCUUUCUCUCUGAUGAGAUUCAUGAACAUCAUCGCAUUGAUGAAAGUGAUCUUGAUCCUAAUGAUGCUGAUGACUUUGAUCCUGUUCAGAUUUUGAAUCACUCUUCUCCUUCUUUUUCUCCUGUUAAUAGUCCAGCUCCUGUUAAUAAUAUUGUUCUUGAUGAUGAUUAUUCUAAUCCUCCAGAACGUAGUCCUGCAGAGCAUAGUCCUCCUAGUUCUCAGAAUUCUAGUUCAAGUCCAAAUACUGCUACUUUAACUUCAACAUCCACAUUCUCUUAUUCAGCUCCAUUAGCCCCAGUCUCUCCACUCCAACCGGAUGCUGAUGGAAGUGCAGGAAAUAAUGCACAGCAGUCUCCUGUAUUCCAAAGUUCAACUUGGGAACAAAGUAGUCCACCUGUUACUCUUAAUCCUGACCAGCAAAAAUUUUUAAAAUUUGCAGAAAAACAUCGUGCAGUCCUCAAUCAAAUUUUGAGACAGGCCUCUACUCAUUUAGCUGAUGGUCCUUUUGCUGUUUUGGUGGAUCAUACACGUGUGCUAGAUUUUGAUGUGAAAAGGAAGUACUUCCGGUCAGAAUUGGAGAGAAUGGAUGAAGGGAUAAGACGGGAAGAGUUGGCAGUUCAUGUGAGAAGAAGUCAUGUUUUUGAAGAUUCUUUUAGAGAACUUCACCGACGAACCAUUGAUGAGUGGAAAAACCGAUUUUAUAUUGUGUUUGAAGGAGAGGAAGGCCAAGAUGCUGGAGGUCUAUUAAGAGAGUGGUAUGUCAUUAUAUCCAGGGAGAUAUUUAAUCCAAUGUAUGCAUUAUUUACAACAUCACCUGGUGACAGAGUUACAUACAUGAUAAAUCAAUCAUCUCACUGCAAUCCUAAUCAUCUCCAAAGCUAUUUAUGAUAACAAGUUAUUGGAGUGUUAUUUUACACGGUCCUUUUAUAAGCAUAUAUUGGGCAUUCAUGUUAAGCACACUGAUAUGGAGAGUGAAGACUACAGUUUCUAUCAGGGACUUGUGUAUCUUAUGGAGCAUCAUGUCAGUGAUUUAGGUUAUGAUCUUACAUUCAGUGCAGAGGUUCAAGAAUUUGGAGUCACUGACGUGAGAGAUUUAAUACCUAAUGGUCGUAAUAUUCCUGUGACUGAGAGCAACAAGAUGGAUUACAUUCGUCUUGUGUGCCAGAUGAAGAUGACUGGUGCCAUCAGGAAACAAAUAAAUGCUUUCCUAGAAGGUUUUUAUGAUAUAAUUCCUAAACGUUUGAUCUCAAUAUUUAAUGAACAGGAAUUAGAGUUGUUAAUCUCUGGAAUGCCAAAUGUAGAUAUUGAAGAUUUGAAAGCAAAUACAGAAUAUCACAAAUAUCAGCCAAAUUCUUUACAGAUUCAAUGGUUUUGGAGAGCUCUGCGUGGGUUUGAUCAAGCAGAUCGUGCAAAGUUCCUUCAGUUCGUGACUGGGACAUCAAAAGUGCCUCUUCAAGGAUUUGCUGCUUUGGAAGGCAUGAAUGGUGUGCAGAAAUUCCAAAUUCACCGUGAUGAUAGGUCUACAGACAGACUUCCCUCAGCCCACACGUGCUUCAAUCAGUUGGACCUUCCUGUGUACGAGACAUAUGACAAGCUUCGCACUUAUCUAUUAAAGGCAAUUCAUGAAUGUUCAGAAGGCUUUGGUUUUGCCUAAAAAGACAAAUUUUUUUGGAGACUGAAACUAAAGGACCUAUAAGAUAGUAUUUUUGUUUUUGUUCAAGCUUAAGUUAAUACUGUAAUUUAUAUAAUUUCAUGCAUGUAAUUAUAGAAUUCAUUAAUAGCUUUCCCACAUGUAUGGCAGUGAUAUCUGGUUGUAUACAAUUAACUCGCAACUUAAUUUCAAGGUAUGACCAAGCUUGUAUUUCAUGGAUUGUAUUUUAUAUGACUGGUAGUUUGGUAAUAUAACUUUCUAGAUUCCUAUCUUGAAUAAAAAGUAUCAGUCGCAAAUAAAUUUUUGGAUGAAAGGUGUAUUGAAAGAAGAAUGAUGUACAUAAUUCUGCAAGACAAGUAAUUUACUGUUUCAUUAGUCUUGGACACACAUCAUGUUUGAAUGGGGAAUGUCCAAAAAUGUAAAUCAAAAGCAAAUAGGAAUUUUGAGAAUGGAAUUAUCUCAAUCAUUGUAAUGUAUAUAGUGCUGUUCACUUCACCAAAGGAAUGAAGCAAUUGAAAUCAAAAUAAGUAACAGUAUUGUGAAAGGCCCUGUCUACCUCAUUACGGUCUUCAAUCUUAAUUCAGAGGUGCGGGUGUUCAGAAAGAGUGGGCAGAUAGACUGACAGUAAGGUGUAUUUUGUCAUGCUUCUAUGUUUGAAUUUGUGUUGUUCAGAAAAUAUUGUAUUUGGAAUUAGAAAACUCAGAAGUAUUGCAUUUGACUACAAGAAGAGAUUUUUCAGACAUACUGCAGCUAAUUAAUAAACAUAAAAUUUCGUCUUCGUUGCCGUGAAUAUCAUGGUUUUCUUGUAUCAAUAUUCUUUAAUACAUUGUCAAUAUUUUGAAAACAUGUUAAAUUAAAAUUAAAGUGUGCUGUUGGAUAUGUAUUGAGAAUAUGUUAAAUAAACUAUUUUAUUGAAACAUUUGUCAUUUUUCAAAACCAGAAAGAAUACUAACUCUUAUAUUUUGAGUGAAUUAAAAAAUGGCUAUUUGAAACAAAUUGUUGUAAUUAUAAUUGAAUGCAUUGUCAAAAAGUAUCCUAUUUUAUGAUUGCUCUUUUGUUUUAAUUAUAUGGUACUGUGAUUGUAGAAAUUCUUAAUUCUGAUAAAAGGUGAAAUCACUGUUAUUCAUUAUUUUAUCAUUCAUUUAUUUUUAGAAGAUUCCUGCUGAGAAAUAUUAAGUUACUUAAAUAUUUUGUCAUUCUCCCUGACCAAUAAAUACUCCAUGCUGGUAUCUAUGUUGAUUAAAAACCCUCUUGCUUAUAAUAACUGGGAGAAUUUGUAUAUUUAAAAGAAGCUGUAGAAUAUGACACUAAAGGAGGGGGAGGUGUAGACAUUAGUGGUUCAAAUAAUGGUACUUAUUUUGGAAUACUGAGUGUUGUAUGAUGUACUUUUUGUGCACCUGUGUAUUAUAUGUUGUUGCAAUAUAUAAAACUCGAGUUAAUCAAAUGUUAUUUUGUCACUUGUUCAACUCAAAAGAUAAGCCCCUAUUUGAAAAUGAUAUUUUCAUACUGCCUCUUCCGAACUGUCAUUUUUCAAAAAUGAAAAGAAAAAAGUAGUCUUGAUUUGUAUAGUAAUGUAGUAUGUGCC